CCAGACAUCUGACUCUAGAGCUGCUGACAGCAACUACUAUCGCCACAGAGAGAAGAUUCUUGAAUUAAAUUUUAAAUAAAAUUUAAAUUUAAAUUAGAAGAGACCGCGCCAUGCCACGCCCAAUGCUGCUCAUCCAUGGCGGGGCCGGCGACAUUCCGGAUUCCCGCAUCAUCGGGAAGUUCCUGGGCAUCAAGCAGGCCCUCCGCUCCGCCUGGCAUCUGCUACAGCCGAAGGAGAAUGACGGCCCUGGUGGUGGCAGUGCCUUGGAUGCCGUGGAGGCGGCGGUGCGCAGCAUGGAGCUGGACGAGAACUUCAAUGCCGGCUAUGGCUCCUGCCUGAACACCAACGGCCAGGUGGAGAUGGAGGCCAGCCUAAUGGAGGGCAGCGAUCUGCGGGCUGGCUGCAUUACCCUGCUGCGUGAUGUGAUGCAUCCUAUAACGGUGGCCCGGCGACUCAUGGAGAAGCAGCGGCACACUUUCAUUGGCGGCGAUGCUGCCCAGGAGCUGGCCCUGGCCACAGGCAGUGAGCGUUUGCAGCCGGGAGCCCUCGUCACGGACGGCGCCCGUUAUACACUCAAGGAGUUCCAAGAGCAGUUGGCCCAGGGCAAGGAUCCCUUCUUUGCGCGCACAGAACUGGCCGGCGGAGAGGAGAAGACUCCAGUCCGAGAACCCGUCUCAGUGCCAGCUCCCAAGACCGAUCCCAGUGGCGAAACGGUGGGUGCCGUGGCCAUAGAUGCACAGGGUCUGAUUGUGGCUGGCACCUCCACUGGUGGCAUCACUGGCAAGUGGCCAGGUCGCAUUGGAGACACGCCCAUCCUAGGCAGCGGCACCUAUGCGGAUAAUGGACGCGGUGGCGUCUCAACCACCGGACAUGGCGAGACCAUCAUGCGGUACAACUUGGCGCAACGCAUUCUGGCCGCCAUCGAGUACAAAGGACUCUCUGCCCAGGAGGCGGUGGAUCAGGAGUGCCGGGAGAUGACCAAGCGGCUGGGUGGCACUGGCGGUGCCAUUGUGGUGGGUCACAACGGUGACCUGGGCAUCGGCUUCACCUCGCAGCGCAUGGCCUGGGGCUAUGUCCAGGAUGGCACUAUAUUCUAUGGCAUCGAGGGAAAGGUGGUGCACCAGGAGCCUUUUGAGCUGCAGGCCUAACUUGGUGGUGAGAUUGUUUUUGGUCAUACAAUUUUCUAUUAAAAAUUUUAAUAUUAAAAAAUUUAAAUAUUAAAAUGUAAAAUAUAGAAGAAAA